AGGAUUUGAGUAUGUGCAUUUAAAAAUUGAUGUGUAACUAACAUCUUGACUAGAAUGUGUUUACAGAUACGAUCACAAUAUGCAUACUAAUACAAAUCAACCACCAACGACUUUAACCAAAGAUCGUUGGUCAGGUAGGCGAGCACAGGAGCGAGGAGCUGCGGUUUGACUAGGAGGGUAGAAGAGUGAGGAGAGUGGAACAUGGAGAAUAGACAGCGGAGAGUGGAGUGUGGAGCUUUAGAGCUUGGAGCAGGGGUUUGGAGUUGAGAGGUAGGAGAAAGAUUACCUUGCAUGGAGCAUGGUGCAAGGUGGGGCAUGGAGCGGCUAGAUCAGCAAAGGUGACUAACUUACAUUUUUUUGGAUUGGCGCUGAGUUGAUUGAUAUUUUCGUAGUUCAAAUGCACCGCAUAAGUUGUUGACUAAAUAAGGGUAUAUCCUGAUAAUGCAGAAUCCGAAGAGGGCAAGUAGACCAAAUGAUGAUAGUAGUGUUCUUUCUCGUCUCCACAGCGCUCCUCAUCCUCACCAGAUCUCUUCUUCAAUUCCUCCGGAACAGCAGCAGCAAGGGGCGCGUCCCUCCUGGGAGUCUGGGAGUCCCUGUGAUUGGCGACUCUCUGAAUUUUGUGAAAGCGCUCAAGCGCAAUGAUCCGUGGCGCUUUUACGGCGAGAAGCGGGCCAAGUACGGCCCGGUUUUCAAGAUGUCGCUGCUCGGCUCCCCUGUUGUCAUCCUGCCCGCCCCAGCAGGCCACAAAUUACUGUUCGGCAGCGAGGAGAAACUGGUAGUCAAUAGCUGGCCUGUGGGAUUCAAACGCCUUCUGGGUCCUGGUUCCCUCACUAGCCUGACGGGUGAGGAUUUCAAGCGGAUGAAGAAGGUGUUCAUGUCGUUCCUCAAGCCGGAAGCUCUACAGAGGUAUGUUCCGAGGGUGAGCCAGUUGAGCUUGAAGCACUUGGAAGAUCAUUGGGAAGCUUACGCUGGUGAAGAAUUUGCGAUCUAUCCUGCUGUCAAGAGCUUCAUAUUCUCUCUGGCCUGUAGCUCGUUCAUGAGUCUGGAGACGGAGGAGGAGCAGCUUGAGCUAGAGGAGCCGUUUGCGAUCUGGACCAAAGGACUACUCCAGCUGCCUCUGAACAUUCCAGGGACUUUGUUUCACAAGGCUCUGAAAAGGCGAGAGGUUAUCCAUGACCUUCUGGGCCGGUUGAUUUCUAAGAGGAGGCAGGAGCUCCUGCAAGGCAGGGCAUCUGAAACCAGUGAUAUGCUCUCGGUGAUGUUGUCUUACCGCAAUGAAGAUGGAAAGCCCGCUUGCACCGAUGCUGAGAUCAAAGACAAUCUGCUGCUGCUCCUCUUCGCUGCACAUGACACCAGCUCUUCAACUCUCACCCUGUCAUUGAAGUUCCUGGCUGAGAAUCCCUACUGGAGGAACCAGGUUCUUCAAGAAAAUCUGGCAAUCUCGCAGGAGAAGAGUGGUCAGGACGGCUACAGCCUGGAAUGGGAUGAUCUUCGAGGAAUGAAGGUGAGCUGGAGAGUCUUGCAAGAGACUUUGAGGUUGCAACCUCCAGCACCAAGUGGAUAUAGAAAGGUUAUCCAAGACUUCGAGUUUGGCGAUUAUCUGAUCCCCAAAGGCUGGAAGGCCUGCUGGACGGUGGUGUCUCACAAGUUGCCUGAGUUCUUCCCGGAUCCAGAAAAAUUCGAUCCAAGCCACUUCGAGGGCGACAGCCCAGCUCCAUACACAUACGUUCCAUUCGGAGGGGGUCCUCGCAUGUGUCCGGGCAACGAAUAUGCCAAGAUGGUGAUGUUGGUGCUGCUGCAUCAUCUGGUUCUGAGGUUCGACUGGCAGCUGGCCGAUCCUGACGAAGGGGUUACAAUGGAUCCCAUGCCAAUGCCACAAAAUGGACUGAAUGUCAAACUUCACAAGCGAACCUGAUUAAAGAAGUUGACUAUAGAAUCUUCCAGCUGAUUAAAAUUUGAAUCUGUAAGUUUCACAAGCAGUACUUAGCCAAAUGCUAACAAUUGAAUUGACAUUAGUGUUGAGUUCAA